AUGAAGUUCACCACCAUCUUGGCUGCCGUCGCCGGCCUCUUCGUCGCUUCCGCUGUCGCACACGAACAAUGGGUCUACAAUGAUCACCGCAGGCCCCGCACAGUUGACAAGACAAAUGACUACGUCCCCACAGCAGAGGACAAAUCACUCUGCGCCCGCUGGGACGGACCCCGCUGCCUCGACGACGAAGAAGGCCCCAACAUCUUCGACGAGGAAGAGCGUAAACGUCAGGAACUUCAGAGUCCUAAGGAGAAGAAAGAGGAGGCUCUCGCGGAGUUGAAGAAGAUACAGGGGAUCUGGGAUGGGUACCAUGCGGAGAUGCGGAAUCUUAAGAUGAUGGAGAAGAUUUACGAGGGAUUCAAUGAGCAGUUGGAUAGGCUGGAGAAGAUGGCGAAGCUUAAAAUCGGCAAGAAUCGGGAGGCGGAUGAGGUUGAGAAUGGGGGUGAGGGUGCGGGAGAGAAGUUGUAG